AAAAGAAACUUCUUCUUGAUCUUCCUUGAUACUUUAAAUUUUCCACUUUCUUCCCUUCUAUACUCUCCUCUUUUCUCUCUUCUCUCUCUAAAUGAGAGAAAAAUCAAGAGAGAGAGAACAAGGAAAGUAGAAUCCAUCAAUCGGCAGCUUUAAUAUGAAAAACGCAAUCAGAUGCUGCAUUUCUUGCAUUCUGCCAUGCGGGGCGCUCGACGUCAUCCGGAUAGUGCAUGCUAAUGGCCGUGUCGAAGAAAUCAGCGGCACUGUAAAAGCAGCAGAAAUCAUGAAACUUCACCCCAAACACGUCCUCAAGAAACCCUCUUCCUCGUCGGCUGAAGGGGUGUGUCCCAAAAUCGUCGUCGUACCUCCCGACGCGGAGCUUCAGCGAGGCAAGAUUUAUUUCCUCAUGCCCCUUCCGCCGGCGCCGGAAAAAACUCGAUCAAAAACUUCAACCAAGAGGAAAAAGAAAGAAUCCGAUCACAACAACAGUCCCGCGAAGAGUGGAGGAAACAUCUCCGUCACGAACCUACUCAUUUCCGAUCGUUACUUGAGUGAAAUUUUAUCGGAAAAGGUUUCUUCCCAGAGGGAUCGGCGGCGCGGCCGCAUCGGAGUGUGGAGACCCCACUUAGAGAGCAUUUCUGAGACUCCGUCUGAAGCGUGAUUCAUGGCGAGAGUUAAAUUCUUUUUUCUCCUUUAGUAUUUACUGCGUCCGGCUAUUCACUAGGGUUUCCAAACUGAAUACUAGUGUUUAUUGGCUGUAACCUUUUUGUCAUUUAUUCUUCUUUUUUCUUCCUGUUUUUAUCCUUUCGCUUUUAUCCUUUAUUUGUAUAUAAUCACUUAAGCAAAAGGCAAAAAAGAAAAAAAAAAAAAAAAAAGAGAGAGAGAGAGAAUAAAGUUUUCUUCCAGCAGAAUGAAUGAAACUGUAUUGUCAUCUGAAUACCGAUUGCGGCCGGCAGCGUCAGGUUCUCCGGCACCGGAAAGCAGAAGAAAAGGAAAAAAGAGAGGAGUUUUCUCUAUUUGUGUAACAUUGAAAUCACUGGAGUUAUCGAUCGCAGAUGAGAGAUUGUCAUUGAAAAUGAUCCCACUUCUACUGUUGAAUGUUGUCACACUUCUCUCUCGAUCUAUUUAUGUGUUUUUUUCUGUAUACAUAAAAUGAUUAAGCAUAGAUUAUAUAUA